AUGUCCCUGUUCCAAGGAGGGCACGGUCACGCCGGUGCGAACAAUGCGGCCCAAGGUCGAAUAUCGAGAAAGCCUACUGGACUCCGUUCUCGAAACAUCACACCACAGACCGCUCCUCUCCCAACCACUGCUGUGUCCUCCAGCCUCUGCACCGCUACAGUGAACUCUCCCCCUGAUUUCAAUUUCCGCGGGCAGCCUUCUCCUCUGAAUCCUACUUCAUCCGCUCCACGAACUAGAAAGAAAAGCUGGAUCAGUAGUGCAUCACAGCAUCUGCGCCUGAGAAAAUCACGGGAGAGGAUGGACUCGACAAAACAUAGCAUUACUUCGGCGACGACCUUGGCGUCUCCAGAGCCAGCGUCAACCCGCGACUUCACCGGUCAAGCACAUACUUUUUCUGCUUCUCGGCCGCCCAACUCUGACCGGCGAAACCGUCCCCUACCUCGCCAAAGCCCUACCGACAAGCCUUUACCCAGUCUUCCUGUGGCAGCGGUCAAGGUCGGAUCACCCGUUCGCCGAUCCCUCAUUGACUGCUCAGAACGUCCUCUACGUCGAUCCAUAUCACCUUCUGGGGGGCAGGGCUGUGAGCAUGACCACUGGCCUACCAUGGCACCUGUAAAACCCAGCCCAGGUCCAGCCGCGCCCCCAAAGGCCGGAUCUGUAGUGAAGCCCAGCUUGGGCGAAAGCAUUAUUGAAGGAAUGCGCGGACUAAAUAUUGAAGAUACUAAGGAAGGAGACAGUCACCACCCUCCCAAGUUUCAUUUCUCGAACAGUGCUGCGAAGUCUGGCAAGGCAUCAAACAAGGCGUCCAAUAGCAAGGCAUUGCUUGAUGUUCCCAACCAUACUUCCGACCGACCGCUCUCUUCCAGCCAACUUCCCAAGCCAAGAGACUCCAUGCUACAAUCCCUGGCACGCCAUGUCGACGCCCCUUCUGCUCGACAGACCAAGACCUCGGCGAUGAGACUGCGUCGGUCUAUUGGCAAAACAGCUUGGGGAUCUGCUGAGAAGAAGCAGGAGAAGGAUGACCACCUGCGUCCAAUUCAAGAGAAGGGCCAGUCGCAAUCAAAGGCAAGAGCAAGACAACUCUCUCCUGGAGGACCUUUCCGCUCGCAGUCGCGUGGUCGGUAUGCCGUCACGGCUCGGGGAUCACCAUACACCAUUCCAUCACGUUUGACUACAAAGUCCCACAAGGCAGCCCAUGAUGCUGAAGACCGCGCAGAAUUUAGCCCGAAUGCGGCGGUCAUGCCACUCAGAGACGAGCAACUAUCGCAUGGUCGUGAUCCCGCUACCACGGGUCAUGCUGUCCCAUCCAAGCAAGCACUUCGUCAGAGUUCGAUUCCCCUGCCAAGCCGGGGUCAGCCUCGAGCAAAAACUGUGGACGGCAAUGAUUCCACUGAUGAGACUAAGCGUUCAGAUGAAAAGAGAGACACGAGUGUCCCAGAGCAUACAUGGGCUGACCUGGCUCCUACGCCUGCUACAAUCGCUCGACAUAACCGCCACCCACAUGAGACUCAGUCCAAACAAGCGCCUCAACUUCUGGACGUCAAGCAAGUCUUGUGUACCCCUCCGCCUCAUGAUGACGAGUCUCAGAUGGGGAGCGAGGGCUCUGCAGCUGCUGUUCAAGGCUCCGACUCAUUGGGCGGCUUUCGUAUUAGACGCGUUCGAAACACACCUGAGGGAGGACCAACGCUCCGCAUCAAUGACUCAGCAUCUAGGAUACUCCUGGGCGAGGAAUCUCAAUCCGGCACUCCUGACAUGGGAGAUCUGAAUGUCACAUUGAAUCAGAAGGAGAGUGUUCCAGACCUCCCUGAGCCACCGGCAACGAAGGACCAGUCUCGACGGGCUAGUGCUUUGCUGACACGUCCCCUUUCAUUUGCAAGAAGCAUUACCGAGCGAUCUCAGGGUCAAUCUAAGCAUGGCGACGAUGAAGAGACCCAGAACCUGAUUGAAAACGACAAAAAUGAUGGAACCGAUCUGCCUGCAGAGCUUCCAGGAAGUGACUUGAGCAUUCGUGAAAAGCCCUCGUCUCAUUCUAUAGCCUCUGUGGAUGCAACCGAGGCGGCACCACUGGAUGUGACAGAAAAGCGGGGCAGUUUGUGCUUCAAUCAUUCGGACUGGCCCGGGAAAGAAUUCGCAGACUUCAAAAUCUCCAGUGACUGUCCACAACAGAGGGACGGUCCUUCACCUGACCCUUCUGCCGCCGAGGCAAGCAAACCAUCGUCAAGCCGAACUUCUGUGCGGUCGAGGCCGUCCACCAUUGUUCUACGUCAAGCACCAACCAAAGAGAUAUCACCCUUUCUCUUUCAGGACCUUGAACAAGAAAAGGCAAGUCAGCAGAAAUAUCUCAGAGACAUCCUGGACGACACAAAAGGCUCGGAAAGUGACAGGGCGUCAGGCUCAGACUUUCCGCCUCGUACAUCUUCACGGAAGCCCAAGCCACCGCCAAUCAUCGUAUCUUCGCCAGAGCGUGGACCACCGGACGGGCAGGGAUCAGCCCGAGCAGCGAGAGCAUAUGAGGUCGAUCCGACUAUUUUUCCAGAACCAAAGAAUGUGAAGGCGUUUUCCCAGAGUAUCAGUCCGAAAACCGAUUCAUCCAAACCACGCAAAGCCCCGCACAAGCUGUCCUAUACGCCCUCGUCGAGCAGCAGGAAGGUCAUUUCCAACAUUCGCGGUCUCUUUCACAAACGAUCAGUGGAUUCCAGUGCAGGGUCGGAUAUUACGUCUUCCGGCAAAGCCCAUCUCCAGGGCUCUCUGCGACGCAAGCCAGCACCGGGGGGGCUUAGACUGACCAAUCCCCUGUCGUCGGACUCUUCAAGAACCACCGGGCUGAACCCGAAUGACACUCAUUACAAGAACGCAACCCCGGGAGGACGACCGGUCUUGCGCAACCCUUUCAUCAGCCCUACCACUCCAUUCACAGCGACUGUCAGACCGUCUCCUCCUCCAACUUCCCCAUCGCCGUCGAAUAUUGCUUCUCCUUCGCUCUCGUCUGGAUCUGCAACAUCCCCGACCACUUCGCCCUCGUUGUCUUCAGCAACAAGCCUUACACAUACACUGCUCGACCUCGCACGGGCCGAAGCCGACCCUCAACGUAAAACAGCUCUCAUCGAACUGUCGAAGACUAUGGUGGGAGUGGUCAAUGCGGCGCGAGACGCGGAAAAGGCAAUGGAGAAAGCGAAGAUGGAGGCCGCUCGGGCGGAGGUGUCCUGGCUCAAAGUCCAGAAGGAGGUCAGUACUGUCGAGGUCUCUAUGAGAGGUCUGUUGGAGCGAAGUACACCGCGGGAGGCAUAG